AUAUCGAAAUAAGAGAAAAAAGGAGGAGGAUACAUACCGUCUUUUUGGGAGAAGUGACAAGGUUAGGCGCCCAAGCAAACCCAUCUUCUUUUCCGUCUUUUCAUUUUUCCACUUCUAAGCGGCUAGGGUUUUAGCCCACUCUUCUCCCACAACACAAGAUGAAUGUAGAAAAGUUGCAAAAGAUGGCUGGUUCGGUCAGAACCGGUGGAAAGGGUACCAUGAGAAGAAAGAAGAAGGCCGUACACAAGACAACUACAACCGAUGACAAAAGACUACAGAGCACUUUGAAAAGAAUAGGUGUCAAUGCCAUUCCUGCUAUUGAAGAAGUCAACAUUUUCAAGGAGGAUGUUGUUAUCCAAUUCAUUAACCCCAAAGUUCAAGCAUCAAUUGCUGCAAACACCUGGGUUGUUAGCGGUAUCCCCCAGACAAAGAAAUUGCAGGAUAUCCUUCCUCAGAUUAUUCACCAGCUGGGUCCUGAUAAUUUGGAGAACUUGAAGAAGUUGGCUGAGCAGUUCCAGAAGCAAGCACCUGGUGCUGCUGCCGGUACAGAUGCGGCUGUAGGUGCUGCUGCAGCACAGGCAGAUGAUGAUGAUGUACCAGAACUUGUGGCUGGUGAAACUUUUGAAGCUGCUGCUGAGGAGGGUCAUGCUUCCUGAAGUUUUGUUGAAUUGCUUUACUUUCAAUGUUCUGCUUUUAAGUGUUCUAUUUCAUGUCUAUUGUGACACAUCUCAAAAGAAUACUUAAAUGCUUUUAAUAGUAAGCUACUCUUUGCCCUUCAAAA